AUGGCUGCUAUUGGAAUCAUUGCUAUCUGUCUUUCAUGCUCUCUGUGUCUGUACUUUGUCUUAGCUCUCAUCCGGCAACUUAACAAACUGUGGUGGACUCCUAUUCGCAUACAACAUCAAAUGCAUUCACAGGGAAUCAAUGGUCCUCCCUACAAGUUCUUCUAUGGAAGCAACAAAGAUGUUUCCAACAUGAAAAAAGAAGCCAUGGUCAAGCCAAUGGAUUUAUCACAUGACAUAUUGUACAAAGCUCAGCCUCAUAUUCACGCAUGGAUCAAAAAAUAUGGGAAGAAUUUUCUUCUUUGGAAUGGCUCUCAACCUGAAUUGAUCGUUACUGAACCAGGGCUUAUCAAAGAGAUGCUGAACAAUAGAGAAAAUACUUAUGUUAAAGAAAAGCCCGGAGGCUAUAUAGAGAAGCUCUUAGGAGAUGGACUUGUGUUUUCUACCGGUGAAAAAUGGACAAAGAUGCGGAAACUAGCCAACAAUGCCUUCCAUGCAGAGAGCCUGAAAAAUCUGGUUCCAGCAAUGAUCACUAGUGCGGAGGUGAUGCUAGAAAGGUGGAAAAAUUAUGAAGGUAAAGAGAUGGAGGUAUUUGAAGAAUUUACGCUAUUGACAUCAGAAGUGAUUUCCAGAACAGCUUUUGGAAGUAGUUACUUAGAAGGGAGGAACAUUUUUGAGAUGUUGACGAAAUUGACCAUGAUAACAGCCAGAAAUACUCAUCAACUCAGGAUUCCUGUCAUCAGCAAGUUUUAUAAAACCAAGGAUGAUAUUGAAGCAGAUGAGCUUGAAAAAGGAAUAUACAACCGUGUAUUAGAGAUAAUCAAGAAUACAGAAUUUGGUAGCAGUACUGGGGGCCAUUUUCUUCAAUUACUUCUAACGGCUCAUCAUGAUGCCAAUGUCAGCCAAAGGAUUUCAAUAAAAGAUUUGGUGGAUGAGUGCAAGACAUUUUACUUUGCUGGGCAAGAAACCACUAAUAAUUUGCUUACCUGGAGUAUGUUUCUUCUAUCAAUCCACACAGAUUGGCAAGAGAAAGCAAGACAGGAGGUGCUCAGUUUAUUUGGCCAUCAAAAUCCAACUCCAGAUGGAAUCACAAAACUCAAUACCAUGAGCAUGAUCAUCAAUGAGGCUCUAAGGUUAUAUCCUCCAGCAAUUUCAAUACUAAGAAAAGUUGAAAGGAAAGCUACACUGGGGAAGCUCACUCUUCCAGCUAAUCUAAUGGUGAACGUCUCCAACUUUGCUGUUCACCAUGACCCCGACAUAUGGGGAGAGGACGUAAAUCUUUUCAAGCCAGAGAGAUUCUCAGAAGGUGUAGCCAAGGCUACUAACAACAACGUAGCUGCUUUUAUACCCUUUGGAAUGGGACCCCGAAUUUGUGUCGGUUCAAACUUUACCCCCACUGAAGCAAAGGUUGUUCUCUGCAUGAUUUUACAACGCUAUGCCUUCACCUUAUCCCCAACCUAUGUCCAUUUGCCAUUUCAGCUUUUCACCCUUCGCCCACUAAAUGGAGUUCAAGUAAUUCUACACUCACUUUGAAUUCCAUAAUCGGCUGUGGGCUUGGGAUUUAGUAACUUGGA